UCAUUCUUCUAGUGUUGCACGGAACACGAAGAUGCCAAAAUUGCGCCGUGGAGAUUUUGGAAAAAGUCCCGAGAAUCGCACUCCUGGAAUUCAACGUUUUUCCUAUGGAGUGGGACACGCAUUAGGUGAAGUCAUAAGGCAGCUUGUUAACUCGUUCAGAUUGGUUUUCUUCUUGAAAGUACUAGGCCUGUCUGCGGCUAAUGCUGGAUGGAUGAAACUUUUUUGCUAUUGUUGUUUAAUUGUGCUAUCGCCAUUUGGAGCGUUCUUGGUGGACCGGGUCAAGAUUCCCAUUUUGUCCCUGAAGCUUGGAAGAAAGAAGUCGUGGCAUCUUAUUGGAACCAUUAUAGGAGCAAUCACUACGCCUCUUUUUUACAGCUCUUGUAAAUUUUGUCAUGGUAGUCAAUGGUUGUCCUUGACGUAAACUGCCAUACUAUACACAUUUAUGGCGCUCGCUUUAGCUCUCAUAAAUAUCAGUCACCUUUCACUGGUUCCUGCGAUUGCUAAGAAUAAAAAAGAAGUAUCUGGGUUAAGCGCACUAAGAACCGGCUUUACAUUCGUAAUUGGUGUUAUUAUUUACCUUGUGACAUGGGCGAUACUAGGACAAGACAACAGAGAUCGUCUAUCACCUGAAAAUUCCAUGGCUUUCACGGUCGCCACGGUGAUUCUGGUCGGAGUAGCCCUCGUUUUUGGUCUUAUUUUUCACAUUGUUACAGUAGAGCCCUCCGGAAAUUCAGAACCAACGGGGAAGUUGGCGGCUAGCGUGGUAGAGCGCAUGAGAAAAAAUUCCUUUGUUCCAUCGGAUGGUGCUCUACCAUCGAUGAUGUGCGAAGUAGUAGAUAAGGCACGAGAUCAAAAACGCAAGGAACGAAUGUGCGACUUAUUCGUAGACGCUCUGAAGACAAAGGGAGAAGUUAUUACAGUCCAAGCCGCUGACAAUGUUGAAAGAAAGAGAAGCAUGGACAUGUUCCCAAUGCGUUUUCUUACGGCCUUGUUUUCUAACAAAGAAGGUAAACAUAAAACGCAAACACCACCUUCCGACGAUAUUGUUUUGACGGAAAAGCCAUCAGCAAAAUGCAAAGGGCGUGAAUUGUUUAUAACGCCAGAAGAGGAAGUGUGCGAGAACGUCAGCAAGCUGCCUCAGGAGCGAAAAAUAAGCCUCAUCAUGAGUAUUUUAGACAAACUCACGGGAGACGGUAAUGAAAAUAACAAGCGUUUACCAAAUUUGCCAAAAGAGAUAGAACACAUUGCGGUGAAUUUUGAUUCCGAUUCCCCCAAGAAUUGUGAAGAAAUCUCUUGCUCGUCAAAUAACAAUGAAGAUGGUUCAACGUCGUAUGAAGCCCAUGUACAACAAUUAUCUUUCCAAAACUGUAAAGAGAAGAGAAAGACUUCCGCUCCAACUGCUGACAUUAAAUGA